GUCAAUUGCAUGUGCGGUGGAUACUUUCUGUGGAAUAACCCACUCCUAUCAAUUAACGAAACGUACCUUAUGAUAAGAACCAGCUGUGAAUGUGGAAAUUCCUUCGCAAAAAACAUUCAAAGCUAUUUCUGUAUCUUCACCAGAUAAUCUGUAUGAACAAGCCGUUUUAUCCGGAGAAAGAUGCUCAAAUUUCCCAGCACGUGCUUGGUGAAUGUGAACCACUUCCUGACUUUGAUAAGAGUUACGCAAACAGAACUACAUAAGAGAACCUUGAAACGUCAGGACCUCACAGAGCAUAGUCCACCAUGCAGUUCAUCGGAGCGCUUUUGGUAUCACUGGCAGUAGUCACAGCUGCUGUCGAAAUAGAUCGCACGAAAGCACGCCCCAUCGAGGAGUUCGAUCAUUACUGGGCACAUCUACCGACGGAACUGCAAGCUCUCCACGACUCCAGACCAAGCGGAAGAAUUACCAAUGGACGCGAAGCGAUCCCCGGACAGUUCCCCUAUCAUGGCGUUCUGAACAUGGAGUUUGAUCUGGGCAUCGGAGUUUGUGGUUCCUCUAUCCUGUCCCGUAACUACAUCCUUACGGCGGCUCAUUGCGUCGAUGGUGCGCACGGUGGUUGGGUGAUUGUGGGAGCACAUGACCGUUUGAUCGCUGAACCGACGCAGCAGACCAUUUCAUUCGAAGUCGAGGGAGUAUCGAUACAUCCAGGGUAUACGUUGGAUCGCAUCAGAAACGACAUCGCCACGGUUCGGCUAACCAGUUCCAUGGAGUUCAACGACCGCGUUCAGCCUAUUCGUCUGCCGAGUCGUACCGAUGGCAGAACCUUCUCCGGCAUGUUGGGAACCAUUUCCGGGCACGGACGAACUUCAGAUGCCAGUCCGGAUUUGUCGCCGGUUUUGAGAUAUGCGAUUAAUCCGAUUCUGACUAAUGCAAACUGUUUGGAGCAGUGGGGAAACGCGGUGCAGUACAUUGAACCGCAAAACAUUUGUCUUUCGGGAUAUGCUGGACGGUCUGCUUGCAACAGUGACUCGGGUGGGCCAUUGACGGUUCAGGAUAAUGAAGAAAGUCUUCAGGUGGGAGUGCUGUCGUUUGGUCCAUUGGCGGGUUGUGAAAGCGGAAUACCAACGGUGUACGCUCGAGUGACUUACUAUCUAGACUGGAUUCUGGCGAACUCCGAUAUCGAAGAUGCUGCGGUUUUAAAGUUGACAAUAGAAAAAGAUAAUUGAUAAUAGAGAAUUUUUUAAGAAAUAUCACAUCAUAAUCACUGUA